UGAAUGUUGACUGAGAAAAAUAAUAUUUCAUCUGUUUUUAUAAUGUAAUAAACUAACGCAGUAUUUUAUUUGCAAAAUGAUUGAGAUUACAGCUAAAUUAAUACGGGAUCAAAGCGCUGUUUUUCUGUGCGGUGAAGUAGUCGAGUGUCUGAUAACAUUUACUAAUCCGAAGUUGUCGGAAUACGCAACCUCACAAAGCAAUAAUGAUAUCUUAGAGAAUCUGGCUUGGGCAACUGCCCAAAUUCAUUGCUAUUGCAACUCGACAAUCCAAGAUCGAUCCGGAGUAGCAGGGGAAACGUCCAACACAAUCAAUAAAAAUGUCAGCGGUUCAACAUCACUUAACGCAAGCAAUCAAUUGAAGGGUGAAGUUCUUAAAUCUUCUGACCCUAAAAUACUGUUUUGUGAUUUACGAUUAUCACCGGGUGAAUUCAGGCAAUUUAUGUUUCGCGAAACACUAUCUGUGAAUACUCCUCCCACAUACCGAGGUGUUAUGGUCAAAUACUAUUACAAAAUCACCGUCGCCACCCAACGUGUUGGAUCAACGGUGCAAGCAUUAUACAUUCCUAUUCGAGUGCUGCCGCUACCGCCAAUAAAUUGUAGUGACGAAACGAUUACUUUGAACGAUGAGUCCAACGAAGACUUAGCGCCAAACAAUCCAUUUUUGGAGAAGAAAAAGUCUCCUUCUAAGAUCGAGUAUGCUCUUCAUUAUCUGCAAAACAUUACAGCGCGAAGAAGACCAAACUUUUACCUAAUAUCGAACAAGAGAGGAAAAGUAGGAAGGUUUUGUUUAUUCAAACCAAUUUAUAAAUUGGGAGAAGACAUCGUUGGAACAUUAGACUUCAGUUGUGGAACAGUUAAAUGUGUUCAGCUUUCCGUCACACUACAGUGUGAGGAAAUUGUGAAAAAGAAAGCAUUGAAAUCUCCCGAGACUAAUGGAUCGUCUAACCUAGAGAAAGAUCAGUCUUCCAGUCCUACUGGGCGCAUAACCAACUUCACCAAACAUCACGAAGUCUGUCUUGGCCUACUACAAACGCAAAUGAUCCUACCGAUUCCACUGUACGUGACGCCCUCGUUCGAAACCGAUCUGGUCACUGUCAGGUGGAGGCUUCAUUUCCAGUUUGUGACUAGUACCAAUGAUGAAUUAAAUACCAAUAUUAAUACUGAAACCCUGGAAUGGCAAGCACCGACGGACAUUUCGAUCGAAACGAUGAUUUGGAAUCUACCAGUGACGAUUUACCCAACAGCGCCAGUCCAAAUUCCGCAGGCUAGUGGGCAGUUUUUGCUGAACAUAAAAUAAUUUUGAAGAGUUAAUAAAUUAUU